AUGAACAAUAUAAGGCCGUCUAUUCCUCGUUUGUCUGCCUUGCUUCGCAAGAAACCGUUUCCCAUGCCUUCUCCCGGGCCACCUUUACCACCCGGCAUACUUGUUGAUGAAGAGAUCUCGCCAGUAUACGAUUCCAAGUACUUCUACCCAGCGAAGCCUGGAGAAGUACUCGCCGAUCGUUACCAACCCUUGGUUAAGGUCGGCUGGGGCAUGUCUUCAACAGUAUGGCUCGCGCGUGAUUUGCAAGGGCAUAUCGAAGAGGCAGAGAACAUUGUGGCAUUGAAAAUUGUCAAUAACAAUGCGAGUUCCGCUGGUCAUGAGCGGGAGGUUGAAGAGCACAUUUCCGCAGCAGACCCAUCACACCGCGGUCGCUCGCUCGUCCGAACGUUACUAGAAUCUUUUGAAGUUAAAGGUCCAGGAGGUUCUUAUCCUUGUCUCGUGUAUUCGCCUAUGAGGGAGCCAUUGUCGAUGUAUCGAUGGCGCUUUGGCGAUAGAAAGAUGCCACUACCCCUUAUCAAAACGUACAUUCGUGCUCUUCUCACGGGGCUUGAUUAUCUUCACAAAAAGUGCAGGUUAGUCCAUACAGAUCUAAAGCUUGAAAACAUCAUGGUCUCAUUCGAGGAUCCAACCGUGCUUGCUGAUUUCAUGGAUUCUCAGCUUGAAAAGCCUAUGGCUUUCAAGAUUGAUUCGACGGGACGACCAGUGUAUCAGUCCCAUAGUGACUUCGGGCCACUUAAAAGCCUGAGAAGUAUACCACAGCUUGUCGACUUUGGCUUGGCAACCAGACUCGAGGAAGACGACGACUGGGGCGUCUGGCCUAUUCAGCCAGACCACUAUCGAGCGCCAGAGGUGAUACUGGGUAAUGGAUGGCAAAUGCCUGCGGAUGUUUGGAAUCUCGGUGUUCUGUUAUGGGAUAUGAUCGAAGGCAAAGAGCUAUUCCGGCAUAUCUAUGAUCAACAAGGUCGCUACGAUGCUAAACUACACAUCGCCGAAAUAAUCGCGUUACUCGGCCCACCCCCUCCAGAGAUCAUACAAAGGUAUCAAUACAUGCGAGAGUACUCGUGGCCGGAACCUGUCAGAAGAGAAGACGACAGAGUAUGCGAGACCGCAGAGGAGUACUUCUGUGGGCCAUUCUUUGACAACAAUGGUCGCUUUCUCUAUGAAGAACUGAUCCCCGACCGGAAACUAGGCGACAGUGUUUCCUUCCUUGAGGGAGACGAGAGGGAAGCGUUUCUGGAUCUCGCCAAGUCAAUGCUUGUCUGGCAUCCAGAUGCGAGAAAAACAGCAGGUGAACUGGCGGGGCAUCCUUUUCUUCAACCAAAGCAAACAAGCGCCUGA